AAGAAUAAAAAAAUCAAAUUAAGCUUAGCUUAAAUAUAAGCUAAGAGUGAUAAUAUAUGGCGGACGCGGAGAAGCUGAGCAGCAGCGUAAUCACGAAGGUGGACGAGGAAGAGGACGAUGAUGUUCCAGUAGUACUCCCAGGGUUUCGUUUCCAUCCCACAGAUGAAGAGCUGGUGGGGUUCUAUCUCAGAAGGAAGAUAGAGAAAAGGGAGUUAAGCAUGGAACUCAUCAAACAGAUCGACAUCUAUAAAUAUGAUCCCUGGGAUCUUCCAACAGAGAGUAGUCAUGUUGGAGAUACAGAAUGGUACUUCUUUUGCAAAAGGGGGAGGAAAUACAGGAAUAGCAUUAGGCCUAAUAGGGUCACAGGCUCUGGCUUCUGGAAAGCAACCGGCAUCGAUCGCCCCAUCUACUCCUCCGCCCCCGCCCCCGCCGGAGAAAAUCACCGCCACUGCAUUGGCCUGAAAAAGUCAUUGGUUUACUACCGUGGAAGUGCCGGGAAAGGCACUAAAACUGAUUGGAUGAUGCACGAGUUCCGGCUUCCGGCGGACCAUGACAAGAGCACCAAACACAUCGAUAUCAAAAGCAUUGCUCAAGAAGCUGAAGUAUGGACUCUCUGCAGAAUUUUGAAGCGCAGCGUGUCUCACAAACGCGACUGGAAAGAAAUAUCGGCAAAGAAAAGUAAUAAUCACUAUGCGAAUGUCAACUCCACCACAUACAAUAUGGAAUCAUGUUGUGACGAUCAGAAAAACAAUUACAUUAGUUUCAAUGCUCCAUUAAUGGCAAAUCACACAACAAAUAAUGUCUGCCACCACCUACUUACAGCACAGCUAAACCCUAUUUCACAGCCUCAAUUCCUUUCCUAUUCGACCACUGCUAAUGCUUACUAUAGCCCUGUAGUUGCAGCUCCAGAUAUUGAUGAAUUGCUGAAGCAUGAAGAUUGGGAUGAGAUUACACAAUUAUUUUAGCAUGUUUCUUGCAACAUAUCCUGGUCAUUUCAUUAAUGUUUUAUGUGUUUUAUUUUAUAAAAAAACUUUGAGACUAGAAUAGAUUCUAUAGUAGAAUUGAAUAAUCAAUUUUAGAUGGUAGGGGAUUAGAGGUACCACCCUACGUUUCAUAGUGUAUUUAUGGUAUUGACUAUUAUAUAAGUAUAUAAAAAGAAAUAAAGUUAAUGUA